AAGCGAAUAGAAGAAACGCGGCACGUCCUAUUGGUCAGGGCGGAUGUCCGUGAGCGCAGAGCCCAGGACGCCCGAGGCAGCUGAGCAGCGGCGCGGUGAGGCGCGAUCCCGGGGACGCAGGGCUGCGGAGAGAGCGGCCCACUGCGCCUCCUGGAAAUAACUGCAAUCUCCUCUUCCUGGAAUUUUAAUUUGCGGCGCUUCGGGAAGUUAUUCGAUUUGCGUUCUUCGUUGCAGGGUGGAGGCGCAUUUAUCUGAAUUUUACGGAGCCUGCUGGUCUUUAAAUUUACAGCAUUCUCCUGUCCAAAUGGCAGGGUGCCCCUUGCAAUUGAACAGCCAACCUCAGCCCAGGAAACUGUGCCAGUUCAAACUGGUACUGCUGGGAGAGUCCGCAGUGGGCAAGUCCAGUUUGGUGUUGCGCUUUGUCAAAGGCCAGUUUCAGGAGUACCAGGAGAGUACCAUCGGAGCUGCAUUCCUGACUCAGUCUGUGUGCCUGGACGACACCACAGUGAAGUUUGAGAUCUGGGACACGGCAGGACAGGAGCGCUACCACAGCCUGGCCCCCAUGUAUUACAGAGGAGCCCAGGCAGCCAUUGUGGUGUAUGACAUCACCAAUGCAGAGACGUUCGCCCGUGCCAAGACUUGGGUGCAAGAACUUCAGAGACAGGCCAGCCCGAACAUUGUAAUGAUGCUGGCUGGGAACAAGGCCGACCUGUCCGGCGAGAGGGCUGUGGGAUGCGAGGGGGCUCAGGUCUAUGCAGACGACAACAGCCUUCUGUUCAUGGAAACCUCUGCAAAGACUGGCGUGAAUGUCCGUGACCUUUUCCUCGCCAUCGCCAAGAAACUGCCAAAGGACGAUCGUCAGGGCAGUGCAGGCGGGGUCACGGGCCAGGGGCCUCGAGCAGGUGUUGAUCUGAACCAGCCCAGUCAGGCUGUCAAGGGCCAGUGUUGUGGGAACUGAGAAGGGCCAGCAUUUGUGGGAGGAAACGGACCGGUGGACCUCGUGUGUCUGGUUUGGCGGCGAGAGCACGUAUAACAGGAGUAAAUAUAGGCGUCUCACAUCAUGCCCCCUACACCAAAGUCUUCUUUUACAUGCCAGAGCUCUGCUGCCCAGCUGGGGCGGGGCUCUCCAGGUACCCUCUGACACAGACAGUCGGGGAAGGAUGUGACAGGGACAGGCCUGGGCACGAAGCAAACAACCCCACCCUGAGCUGUUUGGUGUUCAGGAAACUCGGCAUCACCAAGAUACACUAAAUGCUGUUGAAGCCACACGCCUUCUUGGACGUGGUCUUCAAACACACUUGGUCUCUCUAUAAGCAUUUGGUUGAGUGGCCAAGUCGAUAAGAUCAACAAGAGAUAAGAACUGAAGAUACAUACCCGAGUGGAGCGUUUCUUUAACUUGGGUCCAUCAAAGGUAGCCACAUCCUUCAUAGGAAGGCAGCCUGCUUAAUGGGCUCCUGUCUGGGGGGGGUCCUUGCUUUGAAUUUCUUGCAGGACGGACACCUGGGUGCCACUCAAAAGGGGAUACACAGGUUCCACAAUAAUUUUGGGGCUUUAAAACAGGUGGAAGGGCUGAAUCGACAUGCUUUACAAUCACAUGGAAUGUCGCUGGCUAUGUGAAAACUGAGUGCUUAGUGCCUAAAUGAAUAAUAUUUGUACAUCACAAGUAUAACAUGCUGGAAAAGUGCAAGUAUGGUCAAUUGAGGACAGAGUUCACAGUAAUGAGAGAAUCUCUAGAAGUCUUUGACAGUCCUGACUGAAGGCAGAGGCACCAAACAGGUUAGAGUCAUAUGGGUGUAGAUAUGACUAAUAAAAGGAAUUAAAGGCAGAACCUAGAUGUGUAUUUGCACUUAAGCACACUUACAGUCCUCAUUUAUAGCUCCUCCUGUCAUCUGCCAGGAUAUUUUCUUCAGGUUAAAUGGAAAUUUAAUUGUAAUCCUCCAAUUCAGUAAAGCAAAAAAAUAAGAUAAAAAAAUAAAAAGCUUAAGCAAAGGGUAAUUUUACCACCUCAAUAAUUACACAUGGGAACAGUAGAUCUUGCCUUUGAAAAUAACAUUAUUCAAUAAGAUGCUCAAUUCAAAAACAUUAGCUAGCACAAAAUAUGUAAAAAUAAUUAAAAGCAUAACCAAAUUAUGGGUGCAUGCAGUUGGAUUGACUUUCUGUAGACAUUUUUGAAAAAUUAAGGCAUUAACUAUUGAAUAUAAAAAAAUGUUUGAUGUCCCAAAAAAUAAAACAAAAGAAUAAUUUGUGUUUAUACUUUUAUAUAACCUGCUCUUUAUAUAACCUGCUUUUCUCCAAUAAAGCCAUUAGGUCUUCAACAGCAGAUUACGUAAAAACCUUAAACAUGUUUUGGCAAUUACUGGAAUUAUUUUACAUAUAUUUGUUCUAUAUUAACUGCUUUGUCCAUGCUUAUGAAUGUUUAAAUGCACUGAACUACAUUAAGCUUAAAAUAAAUGCAGUAGCAAAACCUUAAGUGCUCUGUCGUAAGUUAGCUAGCUAUGGAUCAUGUGACAAUAAGAUCCUGUCACCUACCCCGAAUAAAUAAGGCUUAUCACUUGGGAUCACAAGUUUUUCCAUUGGUGUCUUCAAGCAUUUUUAUUUUAACCAGUAAAGACCACAGCAAUUUGACACAAUUAUUUACAGUAAAAUAACAGUAUUCAGACUAGUAUUGGUAAAGCAUGCAAGAAAUACUUGUAUACAAUAUAUACAAGAAUAUAUUUCUAUGCUGAGCAGAAAAAGGAAUACUUGCAUAUUGAAAACAACCAUGUUAAGUUAAAUAAAUAUAAUCUCAUCAUUCAGCA